GGCGGCCGAACGGGCCCGGCUUUGCUUGGGGCACUCGCCUCAUUUCUCUGCCUCUAAACGCGGCGAUCACCUUUUCCUCCCUUUCCUGCUGUUGUUGGCCAGAGCCAGUUUUCCAGUUUUUCUGGGAGCGUAGCCCGUCGGUCCAUGAGGAUUUCUUCCUGUGAGAGUGUCAGACUUAUAAAACAAGGCAAAGAAAGACCAUAAUGAAGCGUGAAGCCUUUUUAAAAGUUGUGUCUAAGGACUCAAUUGAAGAUUUCCUGCGUUUUACUCAGAUUCCUAAAAACACAUUUGAUCCAUUUGACUUAAAUGAGCUACUUCAAGAACUGCCAAGAAAACAAAAAGAAGUACUGUGGGAGCGGCUGACACAUCUAUUGACACAGAUUUUGAUGGAGAACCCUGUGGAAAAAUGGCAGAGGACUGAAGAUGAUGAAAAUAAUGAUGAUAUGGAAGUUGAGAUAACUCCAGAAAUGAAACAAACUGUAGCUGUGAUCCAAGGAGUGACAGCCGUAGUUAUUGCUUCCAUACCUGUAGUGGAUGAAAACGUGAACUACAAAGCUCUUCUAGAAUGUGCUUUUAUAUUAAAUGGUAUUCUUCCUGCAUUGCCUGAGGCUGAAACAAUCCUACAGGAUGCCAUCCAGCGAAUAUGUGAACUUUGGUGGGAGAAAGGACUGGAAGGGAAGGAACAGCUGGGAAAAACUGCAUUUAUUAUCCUGCUAAGAAAAAGCCUGAAUAAAGCUGCUACGGGUGCAGAUAUAGUUCGUCUGUGGAAUCUACAUCAGACCUUACUGUGUUUUGAUUACGACUUGGAGGAGAGUAAUGUAGUCAAGGACUUGUUGCUUCAGUGUUUUAUGAGCAUAAAACACAUUAAGAAAGAAGAGGGAAGAAGAUUCUUGAGUUUUUUGUUUGGCUGGAAUGUGAACUUCAUUAAAAUGAUCCAUGGAACUGUUAAAAACCAAUUACAGUUUUUUCCAAGAUCCCUGAUGACAUACAUUUCAGAAGUGUACUUCAGGGCUUGGAAGAAGAUGUCAGAGGAGACCUUAGAGAUACUUGAACAUAACUGUAUUCAGGACUUCAUGCAUCAUGGAAUACACCUUCCCAGAAACUCUUCUGUUCAUUCUAAAGUGAGAGAGAUGCUGAGUUAUUUUCAUAAACAAAGUAAAGUUCGUCAGGGAGUUGAAGAAAUGCUAUAUAGGUUGUAUCAGCCUAUCCUUUGGAGAGCGCUGAAGGCCAGGAACUCAGAAGUUCGCUCGAAUGCAGCGUUCCUGUUUGUUGAUGCUUUUCCUAUCCGUGAUCCCCAUUUUAACACAGAGGAGAUGGACAAUGAAAUUCAGAAACAGUUUGAAGAACUUUUUAACCUCUUAGAAGAUCCUCAUCCAGUUGUCCGCUCUACAGGGAUACUUGGAGUUAGUCAGAUAACAUCCAAAUACUGGGAGAUGAUUCCCCCAACAAUUCUUGCAGACCUUUUAAAAAAACUGAUUGGAGAGCUGGCAUAUGAUGUAACAUCUGCUGAUGUUCGCUGCUCUGUUUUUAAAUGUCUGCCAAUAAUUUUGGACAACAAACUAAGUCACCCAUUACUGGAGCAGCUCCUGCCAGCAGCCAAGCACAGUCUCCAUGACAAUUCUGAGAAAGUGCGGGUGGCUUUUGUGGAUAUGCUGCUCAAAGUUAAGGCUACCAAAGCAGCUAAGUUCUGGAAAAUCUGUCCCAUGGAGCAUCUUCUGGCUCGUCUGGAAGUCGAUUCACGGCCUGUGUCGCGGCGCGUCGUGAAUCUCCUGUUCAACUCCUUCUUCCCCGUUAACCAGCCUGAGGAUGUGUGGUGUGAACGCUGCGUUACUCUCAUCCAGAUGAAUUCAGCAGCAGCUCGAAAGUUCUAUCAAUAUGCUUAUGAGUAUACUGCCCCCACCAAUAUAGCUAAAUUGAUGCUAACUAUUCGGCGCUGCUUGAAUGCCUGCAUCCAGAAGGCAAUGAAAGAGAGUUUCCAUAAUGAUGAUGAUGGUGGUGGUGGUGGUGAUGAUGAUGAAAAGGAAAAGGAGAACAUAAGUACAUUGAAUAAUGUGUUGUCAAUAAAUGACAUGAACUCCAUGGCAAGUUUGUUGGAAAUCAUUGUAAUUCUUUGGAGAAGUAUUCACAAGUCACUAGAUCACAAUGAAGAUGCCAAGGAAUAUGCCAUCAGAAAAUUUGCUGCUGUACUUCCUGAAUAUUUUAAAGUAUUUAAGGACGAUCGUUGUGUUGUUCCAUUGAUUAUCCUGGCAUCCUUUAUGCCACCUGCUGCGAUUCCUACGUUCAGCUGUAGUGUGAUUUCGAAACUCAGAAAUCUUGACAAUGGAGCUGGUGAGAGCAAAUAUUCCACCCUAAUAGACUGCAUAUGUCGCUGGGGUCAAGUGGGACAUAUUAUGGAAUUAGCCUGUGACUGGUUGUCUGAUGUGCUAACCCCAAGAAAGAGCACUAAAACACCCGAACGACGAGUGCGCAUCCACAUAGCGCAGGAAUCGAAGCCAGAAUUAGCACUUGAUUACAUUGAAUAUUUAUUGACUCAUCCAGUUAAUCGAGGUUGCCUGCUUGCUGUUCCUAAAAAGAAACUGAACCAGCUGUUGAGACUUCUCGGUGCUGCAAAGGAAGUUCUUGGCUCAAUUCUGAAAACAACUGAUACAAGUUCUGGUAGCUGCAGUCAAACUGGCCUAAGAGCAUUCAGCCUCUAUUGCAGGUUGAGCAUUCAUCUUCAGAACAAGUUUUCUGAAGAAGGAAAAGAUUACCUUGCACUUCUGGAGGAGACAGGCACUUGGAUAAAAAGUCAGAUUGUACCUUUUAUACUAGCAAGUGGUCAAGAGGAUGGCAUUUCAGAACACCGUAGUAUUUCAGAGUCAAUUAUCCAGGCCUAUUUGACAGUCUGUAAAGAUGUCAUAAUGGUUGGCCUCGGAAAUCUUGAGUUUCAAGCUCGCCUUUUAGAUGUGGCACUCCUGGUAAUACAGUCAGAGAGAGGUGGCUUUUGUAUUCCGGUACUGCUGUGUGCUCUUAAAGAGAUUAUUGAAGCUUCUUUGGCCCAGAAUAUUGACCCGGAUGAAAUGGCAGAUCUGCUCAGUGCUGUGCAGACCCUUUUCCAGAAAGUUUUAGAGUGUGUUGCACGUAAGCUCAAGAAACAGCAGGAAGAAGGGCUUCAGCUGAUUCACUCUCUCCAAAGGCCUCUUGGCGAAUUCCUACACACGGUCCAGUGCUGGCAUUCAACUUGCACAGCACUUCACAAGGGUGUGCUCUCAACCCUCCUAGCUGCAGUAGUAGCAGAGAUAAAUCAUACACUGGAGAAGGGUUCCAGCGAAGGAAAUGUAAAUAUACCAAGGACUAUUUCAGAAUUCCCUCCUCUCUCCAACAGUUUAAUGGUCAUAAUUAUGAAGUCAGUCGAUGUUGUCAGAUCAUUUUUAAAUGAAUUAAUGGAGUGCCUUAUUUCUGAGGAAAUCGAAGGGAUUUUUAGUCUUAUGGCUACUGUCUGCAUUGUUAUUUUAAUUAAAGGUAAGCACAAAACUUCGCUUCUCAAGGAUGUUGCACCUGCCAUUCGGAGGAGGCUGAUAACGUGCAAAGAAGCUGCCACAGAAGGAUCUAGCAGCACUGAAAGCUUCAGAACCCUGUACGAAUCAUCUCUGAAAUUUUUGGAUGAACUUUUGAACCCUUGACACACAGAAGCUUCUGUCAUGAAAAUUAAAGGAAGGAAGAUGUGUUGGUUUUGAAACCAGAAGAUUAUCUUGUAAAAAAUUAUUAAUACUUCACAUUUAUAUUCUUUUCUGUACG